AGAGUCCACUUGAGCAUCAAUGGAGGCUACUUGGAUGCAGGGGUCUUCUUCCCAGAGUACCAAGAGCUUACCACAGAGGAGAGAGCCCACGCAGGGCGCAUUGUGUGGAGAUCAGCCCCUAGCGACCGUGUUAUAAGGAAUUGAAAACGAAGCACCCCUCUUGGCAAAAAUAUUGCUCGUGACAGGCGUUGCAUGCGCAAUGAACGGUUUUGCUGUUGAUUCCAAGUAGCCUACAGUAUAGAAUGAGUCCGCGUCAUUCCCUGACAUCUUCCUUCGAGAGAGGGCUGGAAUCUCAGGUCUGGAUGAUUCCUUGUUGCAGUUGUGUUGUGGGACAAGAGCCCUGGUAGCUUUCCACAAGCUUCCCACAAUAAGUUGGGUGAAUUUUGGCCCAUUCCUCCUGACAGAGCUGGUGUAACUGAGUCAGGAUCAUCAAGGCGUGGGAUCAGGAUCGAUUGACAGAGUGGGUUCCCCUGGACACUUGUUAUCACAGCUCUCCAAAAGCUGCUGUGGUGAUGAAGAGAAGGGCCAUUGAUGAGACAAUAACUCCACAGUCCACCCAAAAGAGAGGUUUAGAAUCAGAACUGGCCAUAUCUAUAGCCUGGCUUUGAUGAGGGUUGAAUCUGUGACAAGUGGCUCACACCCCAAUAGAGAGAAUCAACCGCAGACUCAGUCCAAUAGAUAAGAUUGUUCUAAAAUUAACCGAGGAUAACAGGCCCUCUUAUGUUGCCACUGGCAACCCUUUAGCAGCAUAGACAGACCAACCUAAGCUGUGGCGAUGGAGAGGACCACUGCUGAUCCCACUACAUCACCAAGUGGCAGGUCAUUAAGACAGUUGGCUCAUCAAAAGCCUUUCCUAAUGGGGUAAUUGUAGAGAGGGAGUGAGUGUUGAGUGGUACUGCCUAAGCUUAUCAUCAAGUCAGUCACCAAGUGGUUUCCCUUCUAAUCAAACUGCUGAACCUACCUUUUUUUAAUCAAAGCGUGUCCUAUCACGGGUCAUUAAAUGUUCAAGAAAAGCUGACUGACAACCUCACCCAAAAUUUCCAAAUCCAAAUAAAUAAAUAAUCAAUCUUUGCAUGUGGAAUCUAUUUUUGGAAUUGAUAAUUGAAGCAGAUCGCAAUCUCUACCAGUUUGUCAAUACACUGCUUCAGUGCACAAAUGAUGUAUUCAUCAUCCUGCUGUAUGGUUGAGGCUGUUUGAUGGGAGGAAGCUGAGGAGUGAGUACAUGCAGUAUUUAAGCUGUACUUAAACUGGUUGAACAUGAAUGUCAGGAGUCAGGACACAACAUGUCACAUCAAGAGGAAUGCCUCAGAGUCAGAAUUGAGGCCAACUGAAUUGAAUUUGUUCUGAACUGACUUGCUUAGUUAAGUAAAGAUUCAACAAGCCACUUAAACUUUAACCUAGACACCUGUCCCUCCUAUCUGAAUAGCAGAAUUCUAAAUCGUCUUUCAGUGUAUUUUUUAAAAUGUAUUUAACCUUUAUUUGUUGAUUAAGGUUAAACUGACUUGGCUAGUUAAAUAAAGGUUAAAUAAAAUAAACAUUUAACUAGGUUAGUCUCCUUGAGAUGAAAAUCCUUUUUUCAAGAGAGACCUGUGGGUGCGAGGGGGCUCUUUGUUUGUAAACAGGGAUCUGUUGAAAAACACUCAGGGACAUGGUACCUGCUAGUUUUCUGGCGGGGCCAGAGGGAGUGUCAGAUAGCCAGCAGCUGAAGUGUGCCAGCUCCUCAUGGCUGAUUUCCAGCAGAACAGCCGGGGGCCCACCAGAGGCAUCGCCGUUAUCCUCAGAGAGACAAUAGAGACAGAAAGGGAUGCGAUUCUAUUUCCCUCCUCCGCUUAGGCCAUGUACAAACAUGUCUAGUUUAAUAGCCAUAUUUCAAGGCUUGUGAGUAACAAUAUAAGCCAUGAUAUUUUGACAUUGGAAGAUGCGUGGUUUAAUGUAAUGCCCCAUGCACAUCUGAUUAUGCCUGUCUUCCUGAGAUGGAGAGAGGUAGUGAGGAAAUGAGUGGAAAAUGACUCGCAACUCUAGAGUUUAAUCUCCACGUCCCUCUUCUCACUUCUGGGGUACGGCAAGGAUGAGUCACCAGACUAUGAGCUGGGAGCACAUGAGGGACGAGGAGCCCAUCCUGAAAUAUAAUCCGGUGGAUGCUGCCUUUAUGAUGAAUGGUGUCUGCAUAAUGCUUGCAUUUUCAGGUUGCCAAAGUCAAGAUUGCAAUUGUUCAAUGACUCAAUUUAAAUUGGCCUACACAUGCAACAGAUAAUGUUGGAAUUAAAUAGAUUUUUGCUGAAGAUGCCUGUAGAUUUGUAUUUGUUUUCAUCAUGCUAAGAGACCAUAGGUACAAUUGCAUCCUAUUUAUGUGUGAAGUGUUGUUUGUACAGUAUGUGUGUGAGUGUGUACUUAUCCUUUGUAUGUGUUUGUGUGCCAGCCCUCUCCAGUCACCUCUCUCAUUGGCUCUAUUUGGAUGAAAUUGCCGUGUCUGCAGGGUAGCGACAGCGCAAGUGCUUGUUGGUCACAGGAGGGUCUUUCCUGUUUGUUACCCAAAGGGGCUGAAUCUGGAAAUAUUCCUCCCUAGAGGAAGUGGUGGUGGCUGUGAGACCUAGGGAGGGCCAUCCUCUCUCAUCCGAAGAGAGGUAAAGCCGCCUCUUUGUUCCUCACAGAUGGCCACACAGAUGGUCCUUGCUGACCCGUUCAUAUGACUGAAAACAGGGCUAAUACUGUAUGGCACAUUUCCAUACAGGAUUUACCCCAGUGCUUUACCCAAAAGGCUCAAACUUUCCAUCUACGCAGGCCGGCAGCCGUGUCUAACUGGGCCAUGGCUCCGGCGGACAUGCUCUCACUUUGAGCCAAAGCCAGGCCACUUGUAGUUUUCUGAUGACAUUUACAUAAAAAUGGCUAACUGUGAACUUUAACAGCUUCUCACAAAGCAACCGUUUUGAUUAUGCAGAGGUUGUUGAUUCUGCUCUUUUUAUUUUAAUUUAUUUAAUUGAAUCUUUAUUUAACUAGGCAAGUCAGUUCAGAACAAAUUCUUAUUUACAAUGACUCUCUUCACAAGUCUCAGUCUCAGCCCUAGCUAUGGAAACACUAUUUCCCUAUUAUAACAUUUGGGUGUAUACAGUACACUAGUGUAACACUGGUGGUACGGUCGAAGAGCACCAUAUGUGACAUGUAAUGUAUGUCCUAGACCUGGAAGAGCCCCUCCCCUCCGCUAAACCACAGCCACAUCUCUCACCAACAGGCAUACCAACAGGCUCCCAAAAGAAGCCCCUUUCCUGUCCUCCCCCAUCCCUCCUUCCUGCCAAGCUCUCCUUUAUCGCAUAAUUUUUUCUCCUUCUUCCUUUCCCCCCAGAGCCCACUGUACGUGUUCAGACACACAAUGUCUUACAGAUAGAGUAAUGAAUAACUAAAGUGCACACUAAGGCCUUAAAAAAUGAGAACGAGAACCCGCUUCACUGGAGUGAGGAGCAGUGGAGGAUGGGGUGGGAGUUGUAAAUAAUUAAGAAAUGCUGAGCGAAGUUUUCAUCCUGCAGUAGAGGGUUACUUGGUGCAGUGCUUUACAGUUCUGUCCAUAUGUAGGCCUCAGGGUUGCUAUCUCACCAUCUCACCCCCCUCUUCUGCUGGGCUGACGGAGAAUGGGCCUUUCACUCAAACCAAUGGCGUCCCCAGUCCCCUGCCCAUUUCCCCAGAACACAUUAAUGCCAGAAGCACUCUUUGAUCCCAAUGACAAAGAUACAAUUUUGGAAUGCGGCCUUUCAUCGGUUGUAAUGAGAAAGUUGAUUAGAUUUAAGGAUAACGUAGGGAGUGGAAGUUAGAGGAUGAAUGAGCCAAAGUGAGUAUGAGCAUGGGAGAGUGACUCUGACCAUGUAAAUCAUUCAUCAAACCUCAUAAAAAUAUUAAAAAUGUAAUUUCAGCAUCAAGUAAUGGAUGUAAGCAUAACCACAUUCAGUUGCCAAACACUGAAGAUAAAAAUUCCACGAAUAGAGUUGUUCUACAUGUCGGAGAGGCAUGUUCGUUCCACAUGUUGUUAUAUGAAAUUGUUUCAUUGAUAUUCUGAUAGUUAAGAAAGCCCAAAGAAAAGCUUCCCAAACAGAAACCACUGCUUUGUUGAAGAGUAGGAAAAAGAUUAUUCCAGAGUACCUUUCAAGGAAAUACCAUGACUGAUAUACAAACACUUCUGUAAAGAUUGCUUUUAAAAGAUUGGCUGCAUCAGCCCAUUGCCCGUUGGAUGCUUCAGUGCUUCUUAUCACUGAAAUAUAAUUAUGUUUUUCACCAGAAACUUUCAUAUUCUGAAAUGGAAAUGUUAAUUUCCAUGAACGGAGCAUUUGGGUCAGAGUAUCCAUGUGUCUUUAUAUACAAAGUGUGUGAGGGCAAACAAGACAAGGAGUGGAAGGACUGUAUUCUAGCCAGGUCUCUCUGGGCUUCUAGACAUAACACCAUCUUCCACUCUCCAUCGGUGCACACCCCAGGAGUCCUGACUACCUCCCACCUACCCACACAGAUCAGUGAUCCCGAAGGCUCUGGUCGAGGACCCCACUACCAAGUAUCUCUGCAGCUGCGCUUACUACUGCCAACAGACUCUUUGGCAAAAGCGUGAGCUUUUUUUUAAAUGUAGAGAAUUGGCUGGUUGAGUCCUCAAUCAGUCCCACUGCUGAAACCAGCAAGAAUAUUGCACCACCCCAAUAAAACAUUCCUACCCUGGCCACUGUAACAUGCAGAAUGGUUCUGUUUGAUAGUGGGAAAAGGGUUUAAUAAGGGGUGGGCUUGGGGGACUUGUCAGCACUGCUACACACAAGUGGUCUUUACAGGGCAACAUCCUGUGCCAACCAAUCAGGGUGUUUUUUUCCUAAUGGCUUUUGUUAGUCCUCUGCUAACAUUAUUUCCAGGUUUUUAUGGCUAAAAGGCCAGUUCAGCUCAGCAUAAGGAGGGUGUGGUUGACAGACAGAGGCAGAGCAGAGGCACAAGCCCUUCAGCAGCUGGUUCUGAGGUAGACUUACUGAAGACUCUGAGAGCAUGGUGGUCCUUUCUAAGCAUAUAGCAACUUAAUGGCAGAAAUGUAAUAUGUCAUGUGGAAAAGUGUGCUUUUGUGCUUCUCACAUCAAUAUCUGUUGUGUGUGUAAUGUAAAUUAACUUAUGGUUAUAAUGUGAUAAUAUAAUCUUGGUGGAAUGAUGACACAAAGCCCCUUGAACAGAAGAGUGAUUAAUGCAUCAACUUGCCACCAAUAGGGAUUCAAAAGGGAUUGGCUGUGGAGCUCAGCAGUACAGCCCUUUUUUGUCACAUCAGCCCUCAGGGAGACAACAACAGCCAAUGGCAAGCCAUGUAGGUAGGUGGGUGGCGGCUGGUGGCUGUAGCAGCAGUGCCAUGAAGCCGGACACAGGCUUUUUCAAGCUCCACCCCUAAAUAACUUUCAAUUCUGUGAGUCACAAUAGGAACACUGCCCCGAUGAAUUAUUAAUUAAACUAAAACCAAUCGUGGGAGUUUACAUUGAUCUCAGAGUCUCAUUAACCCACUUAAGACAUUUCUCUCUUGUCUCAGAGCAGGGCAGAGGAAUUCUUACGCUGGAAAUUCAGUGCAGAAGUACUCCUGUAAUGGUGUAUCUCCAUUAAAAAAUGAUAUAAAGUUCCCUGCAACCGCCAGCCUUUGAAGGAGGAGCCUCUAAAACGGAGACAGGCUGCUGUGGAAAGAGGAUUGUUGACCCUCCCCACCCUGCUCAUUCCCUGAGGACUCGCCCUGUUGCUGGUUGGGUGUCGCUCCUCGCUCUGCCUGGUGGUGGCCCUUAGGAGUUUUGAGUCUUAUGAACGUGCACCUACACACACCCGGUGUGUACAGAGUGCUAUAGUGCAGCAGCCAUGACGAACGCAGUGAUGGGCGGUAGCUCGGACCGCUGGGUACCCAACGACAGGCAGAGGAGCAUGCAUGCCAAUGACAAGGAACAGGGUAACUGGACUAACCAGGUCAGGCCUGGUCCCGGCGCUCCGGACCUGACUGACGAGGAGAAGGAGAUCAUUAACGGUGUGAUCGCCCGUGCUGAGAAGAUGGAGGCCAUGGAGCAGGAGAGAAUUGGGCGCCUGGUGAACCGUCUAGAUGACAUGAAGAAGACGGUGUGUGGGGACGGGGUGAACCGCUGUCUGCUAUGUGGGGAGCAGCUGGGUGUGCCAGGGGUCAGCUCAGUGGUGUGUGAGGACUGCAAAAAGCACAUGUGCACCAAGUGUGGAGUGCAGAGUGGGAGCCGGCCGUGCUCUGUGUGGCUCUGCAAGAUCUGCAGCGAACAGCGAGAGGUGUGGAAGCGAUCUGGUGCCUGGUUCUUUAAAGGCUUCCCAAAGCAGUUCCUGCCCUCGCCCAUGCCCAUCUCCAAGUCCAGAGAGUCAAGCGCCCAGCGGGCCUCAGAACCCCAGGAGCCAGGAGCCUCUGACCCCAGGGCUGCUGGUGAUCAGCCCCAGCCACAGGCACAGGCACAGGCCAGAGGACCAGAGGCACAGGGGCGCGCUGGCAAACCACCUGUGGCCCAUAAGCCGACAGAGGUUCGCUUUGCCGCUGGUGGGGCUAGUCCUGGCUACUCUGAGGGAGGUGCCCAGAACAGCCCAGUGGUGCUGCAGAAGGCUGUUACAGUCCAGAGCUCCAGGCCCCCUUCAGCAGCAUCAGCUAAUCAGGCUCCACUGGAGAUGGAGGGAGGUGGCUACUCCACUAUCACUGCUCCAGAGGAGGAUAGAGUGACUCCUGCAGUGCGGGAGGAGAAGAGACAGCCUGCCGCCUACAACUCCCCUCCUGCUCCACAACAAGCCCCCCCGCCUGAGGAGGAGGAGGAUGCAAACAGCUGUGACUCGGAUGAGGCCACCACUCUUGGCGCGCUGGAGUUCAGCUUGCUUUAUGAGCAUGAGAACAACAGUCUCCACUGCAGCAUCCUUAAAGCCAAGGGACUGAAGCCCAUGGACUCCAAUGGACUGGCUGAUCCAUAUGUCAAGCUGCAUCUGCUGCCAGGGGCCAGUAAGUCCACCAAGUUACGCACCAAAACCCUGAGAAACACCCGUAACCCAGCCUGGAACGAGACCCUGGUCUACCACGGACUCACAGAUGAGGACAUGCAGCGCAAGACUCUCAGGAUCUCUGUCUGUGAUGAGGACAAGUUUGGACAUAAUGAGUUUAUUGGAGAAACUCGCGUUGCACUGAAGAAACUGAAGAUCAAUCAGAAGAAAAACUUCAACGUGUGUCUAGAGAGAGUUGUCCCUACAAAGAAGACCGCAACAGCUGGAGGGGCUCGAGGCAUUUCGCUCUAUGAGGAUGAGGGUGGAAAGGAGGGUGGAGAUGUGGAGGAGCGUGGUCGUAUCCUUAUCUCCCUCAUGUACAGCACCCAGCAGAACCGCCUGCUUGUGGGUGUGGUGCGCUGCGUUCACCUGGCCUCCAUGGACGCCAAUGGAUACUCUGACCCAUUCGUCGAAAUAUGCCUGAAACCUGAUAUGGGGAAGAAGGCCAAGAACAAAACAAAUAUCAAGAAGAAAACCCUGAACCCAGAGUACAACGAGGAAUUUAGCUAUGACAUCAAGCACAGCGACCUGGCUAAGAAGACCCUGGACAUCUCAGUGUGGGACUACGACAUUGGGAAAUCCAACGAUUACAUCGGUGGGUGCCAGCUGGGCAUCACAGCCAAAGGGGAGCAGCUGAAGCACUGGUAUGAGUGCCUGAAGAACAAGGACAAGAAGAUAGAGCGCUGGCACACCCUGUUGAAUGAGAAUCCUGUCAACAGCAACUAACCCCCACCUUGCAUGAGCUAAGUCCUCUCCCUCUACACUCAGCCCCCUCUCCUCUCUCACAUUACCCUGUCUAACCUCCCUCCACACCUCCCCAAGAACCUUAAUUUUAGUUUUAGUUUUAUUGUACUUACCGGUAGUCUUCCUGUCUGACUGUCUUCAUUCUUUCAUGCCCUCAACCCAACCCACCACAUGCACCUUUCCCAUCCUCCCCUGUUUUCCCAGGUGUGAUAUUCCCUUCUCCAAUCUCUCCCCCUUUACUGAGACUUAUCUGCCAAGUGGACUCGCCAAGAGGCAAAACAUGGUAUACUUUAAAAUCAUCCUUCAAAAUCAACAAUUUAAGGCAAAAAAUUAUGUUAAUGUUUGACAUUGAAGUGUACAGUUGCAAUGAGACGAUCAUGCCUGUUGAAGGUGUUAUUGAACUUGACACAUCCCAAACGAAAUAAAAAUUAAUUUGAAAUGCACUAGCACAAAAGACGACGAAGCAAUAUGUUAUGGCAUUCUAUGUGGGAUAACAUCUGCAGCACCCAUUGAACAAUGAAGUUCAUUAGACUGGCAGGUUGUAAUCCUUGAUUUCUGGUAAAAUGACACCAUCGGUAUUAUUACCACUUGUAUGAGAACGCAAAACCACAUGAAAACACUCUGAGGACACACAGCUGUUUAUUUAAUGAUAUCUAAUUAAUAUUAUGGCAUUCUCGUGAAGAUGUUUCACAUGUUGCUGAUCUUCUGAAAUUGAGGAUAAACAUAUUCUAGACUAUGAAAAAGGGCAUGAUUCACAAAUCAAUUCGAAUGACAUUUAGUUUGGAGAGUAUAUUUCUUAGUUUUUUAAUGUAUUACAUACUAAAAUUAAUAGGCAAUUUAAGUGACUCAUAUUUAUUAAUUUCAGUAUCAGUUUAAAGAUUUUGAAUGAUAGCACUCCUGGUAGAACAAAAUGUACUCACUUUCUGUCAAGUGUUCACUUUUAGUCCUUAUUUGAGUCCUGUUUAUAGCACACUGGUCUCAUUAACUAGACUUAACAUAGUACAUGUAAAUCCAGGACACUCAAAUUAGCAUGAUAUGGUACGUUUGGCAUGGUUACAUAAGACAGAUGGUUACUUAAGGUAGAGUGGGGUGGGUCAGCGUAUACCACAAAUGCCUAGCAACCCAAAGGUUGCGAGUUUGAAUCUCAUCAUGGACAACUUUAACAUUUUAGCUAAUUAGCAACUUUUCAACUACUUAGUACUUUUUAGCUAAUUUGCAUCUACUUAGCAUGUUAGCUUCCCCUUCCCCUAACCCUAACCCUAACCUUAACCCUUUUAGUUAACCCUAACCCUAACCUUAACCCUUUAACCUAACUCCUACACUUAACCCUAACCUUAACCCCUAGCCUAGCUAACGUUAGCCAGCUAGCUAAUGUUAUCCACCUAGCCACCUAGCUAGAAUUUUUAACAUAUCAUACAUUUGCAAAUUCAUAAUAUAUUGUACAUUUUUGCAAAUUCGUAACAUAUAAUAAGAAUUGUAAUUUUUAACAUAUCAUUCGAAAUGGGAGAUGGAAAACCACAAAUGAAUAUAUACCAUACAACACGUAACAUAUCAUACUGAAUGGAGUGUUUCGGAUUUACGUAAAGAAAAUACAAAAUGCUCUGAGACCAGGUUGGUUUAUAGAGGUAGUUCGAAAAUGUUAAAAAAAUUUAUGAGAUUGUUUGCACUGAAAAGUUGACCAUCUGAUUCAGGUCUUUGUUUACGGUGAAGGGAGAGAGGAGACAGGAAAAAAUAUUAUUUCCCUGGCUAGUACAUGUGUGUACUUCUCUAUGGCACAUGGUUUACAAUGACAGCUUACAGAGAUUGUCUACUGACUGACAAUUUUUACAUUGAAUGCACAUUAUCAGAUUUUUCACUGACACUUAAAGCCUGCUCCACCUUAGACAUACUAAAUAAGACAAUGUAAGGCUGUCAUAAGAGAAUGUGCUGCUUAACUUGCAUGCACUGUGUUCGUGAUCCCUGUGUUUUCUGUGCCUGGAGCAGUCACACACCCCCACCCCUUUUACCCACACUGGGCCCCUCCCUUCCUUCCCCAUCCUUUUCUGCUGCACCAAUCACUCAAAGCUUUGGCGUGUGGCUGUUGACCAAUUACCGCAAUUCAAGCAAAGCACACCUUAUACAAUGGAAUGACCUCAAUUUAUACAGCUGUUUGCAAGUUUCUCAAAAAACCCUAUGCAUGAGACGUCUUGUGGUUCAUGAUAUAUACAUAGACUUUUUAAGAAACAAAUUCUAUUGUAAUUUGAUGGUUUACGUCUCUAACCCUCAACAUUGUUCCAAAUGCUUUUUUUUAAACACUGAGGCCACCGCAACAUACAUACAUUUAUGCUGCAUGAGUAUUAGGACUAUUGCUGUUAUCAUUUGGUUUCCAAUGGAUUAUAAAUUAGUUGAUGUGACAGGCUACUUUAGCCUCUCUUCGGAGCAUACUCAGCUUGGUAAUGUGACAGGGAUGAGAGCACAGCUAGGACCCUGUACCCAGAGCAGAGAAUAACACUCAGAGGGCACAUUAACAAAUGGAUCUCACCGACUAGUUCCUGAAGGCAAAAUAUUAAUGGAGAUUAAUCUCAUCCAUAGAGUGAUGCCUUUUCACCAAGUGCUCUGUCUCCUCCUUUGAUGGGUGAAACCAGGGGCUCACACAGUAAUGAGAGCCUGUCUGAACUGUGUUGUCUUGCUGUCCACCAGUGGCCACAAUUUCAACAUUAUUUUGUUGCGUAUGCACUUGAUUUUCACUGGUUCUACAGUACUACUGUAGCCUACCUAUUCUGUUCUGGAACCAGUUCAGUGGUCUUUAACCUUCAUUAGUUUCUAUUUUCUCUUCUAGAUAGUAAGUAUCUCUAAACUUAAAGAGGACACAACUGUUCUCUAUUUUUUUCUGCCUACUGUAUUUAAUGAAAUGAUUUGUUGGUUUUAUUUAUGUAACUGUAAAUAAGUAGUGCAUGCACUGGAGAGAAAAUAAAUAUAAAUAUCUAUGUAUGUUUGCAAAUGAAUUUGCAUGUAAAGAUUUUACAAGGAGUUAGGUUUACACAGAUCAAUAAAAGCUAUCUGAAAUGGACAAACUUGAGAUCAUUA